AUGGCUCCAAAAAAAAAGAAUAAAUCGCCCAAGAAAGAUGAAACAAAAAGGGCAUAAGCAGAUAAGCUUAAAGAAUAGGGAAACAAGUCGUUAUAAAAUGAAAAUUAUUAAAAAGCCAUAGAACUGUACACUGAAGCAAUUGAAUUAGAUGAUUAAUGCUACGCUUAUUUUCAUAAUAGAUCAUUAGCCUAUUUUUUGAUAGAAAAAUAUUAGCUUUCACUGUAAGAUGCUAUUAAGUGUAAGGAAUUAAAUCCAGAAUAUCCUUUAGGAUAUCUGAGAGAAGCUUCUGCUUAUUUAGAAUUAGAUAAACAUGAAGAAUGCAUCAAAUCUGCAAAACAAGGUUUAGAAAUCGAAAAGGAUAAUUAGUAGUUAAUAGAUAUAAUUAAAAAGGCAGAAGAAGAAUAGAAAUAAAAUUUUAUUCUUGCAGAAGAUGAUCCAGAAUUAGUUAAUCAUAAUACAAUGAUUAAUUGGCUGUUAGAUGGCAAGAGUGAGUUUGAUAAUCUAAAACUUCAGUGGUAUAGCAAGAAUUAUCGUGGAGUUCAUGCAAGAAGAAAAGUUUACAAUAAAGAAACGAUAUUAUUUAUACCUAAGUCUCAUUUGAUCACAUUAGAGAUGGCUAAAGAAACUGAUGUGGCAAAAAAAAUUAUUGCUGCUAAACUUAAUUUACUUUCUCCAAAGCAUUCCUUUUUGUCCACCUUCUUGCUUUAAGAGAGAAAAAAUAAAGAAUCAAAGUGGAAACCUUAUUUAGAUAUACUUCCUAGUGAUUAUAAUCAAUUCCCAAUAUUUUUUUCAGAAGAUGAUCUGAGCUGGUUAAAAGGCUCACCAUUUCAAAAUUAGGUGAGAGAAAAAAAAGCAGAUAUAAAAAGAGAUUAUGAUGAUAUUUGUUCAGUUGCUCCUGAAUUUGCUGAAUAUACUUUUGAAGAUUUUUGCUGGGCAAGAAUGACAGCCUCUUCUCGUGUUUUUGGAUUAUAAAUUAAUGAAUAAAAAACUGAUGCUUUCGUCCCUCUCGCAGAUAUGCUUAAUCACAGAAGACCUAAGUAAACCUCCUGGUAAUACGAUGAUUAAAGGGAAGGAUUUGUAAUUCAAGCUCUUGAAGAUAUUCCAAGAGGGGAGUAAGUUUAUGACUCUUAUGGCAGAAAGUGUAACUCCCGUUUCUUCUUAAAUUAUGGUUUCAUAAAUUUAGACAAUGAUGCUAAUGAAGUAGCUUUGAGAUUAACCUUUGAUGCUGAAGAUCCUACUAUUGAAAGAAAAAAGGAAAUGAUGGGAGGAGAUGUUCCUGAAUUUAAAGUAUACAGAAUAUUAGAAAACUACCAAGAAUAAAAUGUUUCUGAAUUUAUGAGCUAUCUUAGAUUUAUUUUAAUAAGAGACAAUUCUAAAUUGCUGAUGCUUUCAAGUCUCCACGAAUAACAAACAGAAAAUAGUGAAAAUUUAUCUGGAUAUAAACCCCAAAAAACACCUCCUAUAUCAAUCUAGAAUGAAACAGACAUGUGGGUACGUAUUAGUAAUAUGUGCUAAACUUCGAUUUCUCUCUACAACACAACUUUAAAAGAAGACAAAGAGUUGCUUGCAAAAGAUAAUUUAACCUAGAAUUAAAGAAAUUGCGUCUUACUUAGGUCAGGUGAAAAAGAAGUAAGUUUUUUUUAAGAAUAAAAAAAUCCUAAAAUAACUGAAUUGUAAAUGAUAGAUAUUGCACUUUUAUAUAGAAAUGGCAGAUAAAAUGUAAAAAUUGCUAAAGAUGAAUAGAAGAGAAAUUACUAAGCUUAGUUUGUAAUAAGAAUAUAUUAAGUAUAAUGUAUACAUAAACAAAGUUAUUAUAGGAACAUUACUGUAAGGCUAAAAUUGAGCUUUCUGCUGAUGAAUAAUCUAUUAAUACAAAAUAAAAAAACAAUCUUUAACAUUCCUAUCAAUUAUUAUUUAUAGAUUUAUAGAAUUGGAGUGAAUAAAUAAAUAAAUAGAUAAAUAAAAUAAUACUCGAGAUAUUUAAAGUAGUUAUAGUUAGUUAAUUAGUUAUUCGUUAAAAAGAUUGUGGUUAAAAAUCUAAAAUUUAGUUAAAUUGUAUUUAAUAUCUAUACAUUAUUUGUUAUUUUACCUUUAUAAAUAUAGCAUUAAUCUUCAAAUUAUUUCAUAUUUCUAAAAAAUUACUUUUGA